UUCUUUCUAACUGAAAAAAAAUUUGUUCCGAUUUGUAGAAAAUCAUUGAUUCGGGUUUUGGGGGGUUUUCGAUAGCACACAAACACUGACUAAAGGGAAGGAACCGCUAGAAUGUUCGACAAACUGCAGCCCAUUUGGAAACGAAAGAAAUAGUACAAUUUUUUGGUGUUUCACUGCUGCUAGAAGAAACCUAAAGCAUAGAAGCAUAUUUACUGCCAGAAAUUACAAAAGAGGUGGCAAAGUACAAAAUCUCUAUCUAUUUUUGGCAUAUGUGUAAUUUCAGAGAUAAAUCCGCAUUAGAAAAAUAUAAGGGCGGAUCUAAAGCGACAUCACUAAAAAACCACACUCAGCUUUUGACGAAACUUCUGAAGGAUUGAAUAAUUCGUCUUCAUUGAUAUUUUAUUUUACCGCGAAGCGUUGGCAUCAUUGAUUGACGUAGAAAUACGUCAUACGUAAACAGCGGAAAUAUAACGUCUGUCUUACGUAAAGCAAACGCUUUUAGAAAUACGUUUACAAACUAAGAUGUAAACAGGACAUUUUAUUCCUGUAACUUCUUUGAUCUGCACCUUACCUGUGAUAGGUAGAGCGUCUAUGUCGACGUUUCUAGUGACAGUGAUUGUGCUGUGCUUGCUGAUUUUUGUGCUAGCUAUCAUUGUGCUGCUGCUUCGAUGUCUUUUCAAAAAACAGCAGCCCAUACCGGGCAGUGCUACCAGAGUCGUAGGUGUGCGAAGACUUUCAGCGGACAAUGAGACGUACCAUGUUACAAUGUUUCCACAUAGUUACAUCCUAACCCCUCAAGAAGCGGAGAUGAUAGGGGACCCGGAUCAGCCCAUACCUGGAUUUCUCCUUUCCAACCCCAAACACACGACUCACUCAGAAAAUGAACCAGCGUCAAGGUCAACCAAUAAAAAAACGCCAGAGAUCGCUCGUCCAUCCAAGUCACGUGACAACUUCUUUUGAGAAACGUUACAUCAAAAUUUAAUUGUUAUAUAAUAGUAUGCAGUUGACCGCAUGUUAAGCAAUUUUUGUAUAAUUUCAGUACAUAAUAUAAUUAAUUAUAUACAAAAUUGUCAAGAAAUAAUUAAGUUAUAAAACAAAUACAUGUAAUGUAUUACAAUUUUAUAAAUGAUGAAAUAAAAAGAUCUAAAUUUUGCUAGAUAACUAUAAUGAUUU